UCCGGUUUCCAAGUUGCAUUGGCUCACUCGUUUCCCUGCAGCUUAUUUGUGUCGUCCAUUGAAAGGAAAUCGCUGGGCCAUCCCCCCGACGCGCGCCUGUGCUGUGGAGCUCCCCCUUGCUGCGUGCAUCGUGAUCUAGUGGAUGCAGAGUCUUGCGGAGAGAACGCAGGGUCACCUUCUGUCACUGCAAGGGGAAAUACUGAAUAAAUUGCAGCAUAGGCUAUUGGGUAGUGGUGCACCUCAGCAGCAUCAGCAGCAUCUCUGGUGAUCUCCUGCAGGGGACCAACAGCUCUCUCUCAGGUUUAUGGAAACCUGACCUCCCAUUGGUGGAGAAGUGCAUGAGGAACCCAGCUCUGCUACAGAGGACAGGUUUAGUCAUCAGAGUGCUUUACCACAUCCAGGAAAAUGUCUGGCUCCUACGAUGAAUGUGCAGGUGCUGACGACACCAUGGACAGCUUCUGGGAGGUGGGGAACUACAAACGUGCUGUCAAGAGAUUUGAUGACGGCCAUCGGCUCUGCAAUGACCUUAUGGGCUGCCUGCAGGAACGUGCCAAGAUAGAAAAAUCCUACGGUGAUCAGCUAACCGCAUGGUCCAAGAGAUGGAGACAGCUCAUUGAGAAAGGCCCACAGUACGGCUCUGUGGAGAGAGCCUGGCUGGCUGUCAUGACCGAGGCAGAGAAGGUGAGUGAGCUGCACCAAGACGUGAAGAACAACCUGGUGAACGAAGACGUAGAGAAAGUGAAGAACUGGCAGAAGGAAGCCUAUCACAAGCAAAUGAUUGGUGGCUUCAAAGAGGCCAAGGAGGCGGAGGAAGGCUUCAAAAAGGCUCAGAAACCGUGGGCCAAAAAGCUCAAAGAGAUGGAGGCGGCUAAGAAGUCCUACCACAUGGCCUGCAAGGAGGAGAAGCUGGCUGCAGCCCGAGAGGCCAACGGCAAGACUGAGGCUUCCGUCACAGUAGACCAGCAGAAGAAACUCCACGAGAAAGUGGACAAAUGCAAACAGGAUGUGCAAAAGGCUAAAGAGAAGUACGAGAAGUCUCUGGAGGAGCUGAAUAAGUGCACCCCGCAGUACAUGGAGUGCAUGGAGCAGGUGUUUGACCAGUGCCAGCAGCAUGAAGUCAAGAGGCUGACUUUCCUCAAGGAGGCCUUGCUGGACAUCAAACGCCAUCUUAACCUCACCGAGAACGCAAGCUAUGCCACAAUAUACAGAGAACUGGAGCGCACAAUCCUGGGUGCAAACACACAAGAGGAUCUAAAAUGGUUCAGCAACAACCACGGCCCUGAGAUGCCUAUGAACUGGCCUGCAUUUGAGGAAUACAACCCAGACCAGGCCAGUGCUCCUCCAAAGAAGAAGAAACCAGAUGGAGCCCCACCCACUCCGAGCACAGACCAUGUGGCUCCACCUGGUGACCGUAGCAGUGUGAGCAGCUAUGAAAAAAACCAAGGUUUCUCGACUGAGUGGUCCGAUGAUGAGCAACCCACUGCGAACUCUGGCAACGAAAAUGGUGGGAACGGGAAUUCUUUCGAAGAUGAUGUCAGCACUACUGGGAAAUCGGUCCGCGUCCGCGCUCUCUAUGAUUAUGAAGGCCAGGAACAGGAUGAGCUCACCUUCAAAGCAGGUGAUGAACUGACCAAGACUGAGGACGAAGAUGAGCAAGGCUGGUGUAGAGGUCGCUUGGACAGCGGCCAAGAGGGACUUUACCCGGCCAAUUAUGUCGAGCCAAUCUAGUCCUGUUAUUGGACAUGGACACGCCAUUGGAGGCAGCUCGAACUGUCCCGUCCAAUUGCACCGCACAUAGCCAGAGACUUAAGAGCAACACAUCCCUUGCCCAACAGAUGCACCAAGCAGUCUUGAUAAAAACUUAGUAACCUAAAAGACAAUAUAUCAGUAUAAUAUAUUUUAUCCAGCAUUUGUGGUGGGUGGACCUACACAUUUAAAAACAGGAGCAGCAGUUGUUCCAGUAUAUACACACUCAACUAUAACAUCAAGACAGACAGUGCAGGAACACAUUGCUUCUCUGUGUAGCUGUAUUUAAUGUAUAAUGCAGCUUAUUUAAACUUGCAGUACACUGCAGUCUGUUCUUAUGUGAGAAUGGGAAGAUAAUAGAAACAGUUAUACCCAUUCAACAAAGACCAGCUUCUCUAACCUGCAUUGUGUAUAUACAGUGUAAUGCCAUCUUUGUGUAGCAUUUUUAAUGCUAUGUGUGGUCAGCCAUCAUUCUUACAUCCGGAAUGCUGUGUAGUGUUAAAAGUACCACAAACAGUAUCCUCUAUUUUUUUUUUCUUGUUUUUCUUUUGUGAUUUGGUUCAACCUCUUUUCCAGUGUGUGCAGUGCUAUGUGUGAUUUAACUGUUACUGAACUUGCAUAGCAGCAUGUGCUAUGCAAAAA